UUGCACUAUUUCACCACAAUAAGAAAUUGAGGUUAGAAAAAAAGGCGCAAUUUUUGACAACGAAGACUGUCACAAAUUGUCCCAAAAUCCAAUUUCGUGCUGUUUGUGUGCAGAAAAAGUGCAAAAUGCUAGGCGUAAAAUCUCUGGAAUUGGUCAAAGAUCUCAGCAGAAACCCAGACAGUAUUCCCACUUUUAGAGAUGAUACCAUCAGGGAGGUCUUGGUGGAAACACAGGAGAUUUUCAAUGCCAAUUCCCGAGAUGCUCGGAUCUGUUCCUCUACCAAUAACCAGCAGCUUCUGCCCAUCUUGAGUUUCCGGCACGCUGCUCUUGAACGCAACAAACGAUGUAUGCUGGCUUAUCUCUACAACAGACUGGAGAGGAUAAGGAACAUUCGCUGGGACACCGGUCCAACAAUUCCAGAGCAUAUUAAGACAAAUCUCUGUGAACCGGAGAUACAGUGGUUCAAUGGUUACAACAAACUCCUGGCCAAGUACAUGAAAUCCGUAGGAGAUGGACAAGGAAUUGAUUUGACUUGUGACAUGGAGCCUCCUAAAUCUCUCUACAUUGAAGUUCGCUGCCUCGAGGAUUACGGAAAGUUUGAGCUGGAGGAUGGAGAAGUAAUAUUUCUGAAACGAAACAGUCAGCACUAUCUUCCCAGGGUACAGAUCGAGCCAUUGUUAAAACAAGGAAUACUCCAGCAAAUAAAUUAAAUUUGUUUUUCAA